UUUAUUGUCUUCCUGUUGCAAUAAUCUUACUUAGCCUAAGUUUCCUGGCUAUUUCUUAAUUAUAACAUCUGUAUAUUCCAUUGAUUAUACUGCCCCUAUUCCCAGACCCCACCAGAGUUGGGGGGAUGGGUUUAAGCACUGCGGGAGCAAACUGGAGCCUCGCAGUGCUCAGGUUGAGGUUCUUGUGGGCUUUAAGGACCACCUGUGCUCCUGCUUGCAGCAAAGCCUUGGAGCUGAGGCUGCAGACUGGGACCACGCUGGAUCCCCUGCACCUGGAGUGGGUUAAUCCCCAAAUAUUCACUGUUUUUCCUGCUGCAAGGUGUGGGCUGUGCUCGUGCCGCAUCCUCUGCCCCAGCUGAUGCUGGGUAGCCCUGGGAAUCUGUUACCAUACAUGAAGUGAACUUGGUGCUGGCCGUUUCCUUUUCUCAUAGAGAGUGAGUUAAGGGCCUGUGGCAGAUGAUGUACUUCUGAAGAAAGCUAUAAAUCGAUGCUCUGGGCCCUUCAUCGCUCUUCAGUGAUGCGUUCAGCAGCGCUUUGAAUACUUUCCACUCGAGACGGAAUCAUUCAGCCAAAAAAACAGGAAACGCGUGGCCCAAAGCAGUGUCUCUGAUCUGAGUACACCUGUUUUCAUAAUGAGCAUGGCAGCAGAUAUUAACUCCACUCCAGCAGCAGCUCCGUGAGCUGAGGCACGGGCUGCAGAGCGUUGCUCUGGCUGCUCAUCUCUUGUUGCUGGGUUUGGAGUACGUAUAUCUUUGCCAUCUGCAAAAUGUGUGGUUUGGAUGGCUUGGGGGUCGGCAGGUAUUAGAAAUGGUGUGUUGUGGGCUGGGUGGGCAGGUGGAUAAAUGUAAAUAUUCAUCUGGAAGACAAACGGCUCCUGACUCCAGGUGGGAUGUGUGGCGCAUCCCUAAUGUGCUCUAUAGUCAGACUGAGGGAGGAGAGAAUAAAAGGUGAUGAAUGAACAAAGGCAGUGAUGGUUGGAGCAUAUAUGUAGUGGUGAAAUACUCUGCCACGGGUUUUCAUGGGGUAUCACUGGUGCUUUGGGCUGGGGAGCAGGAGAUGCAGGUCCUGGCGGAUGUUCUCCAGGGGUCUCAGCUCUGGGUGCUGGUUGGGGGGGAGGUGGUACUUGAGCAAUGGAACAUCUAUAGCAGCAUCAGUGCGUGGGGAGGUGGGCUGAGCCCUGACCCUCUUUACAGUGCCAUUCCUGGAGGCAACACGUGUCCCCAUGUGCUGCUGCACCUUCACCAGGCACGCAGUGAAAGGUCUGCCUGGCAAAGCAGCAGCACAGGGCUGCCUCCUUUCUGUUGGCUCACAGUUACUAGAAUACCUGCCCUCAAAAUCCCCCUGGGUUUUUCUGCCUGGACAGAACUCUGAAAGUCCCAUGAAUGCAAUUCCUGACUCAGGGGCUGCUCUGGACCCUGCACUAUGCCUACGUUCUCCCAGCUGCUCCAUAAGGUUGCUCCUGGCCUCUCAUAACCUCCAGUCCCACAUCCCAGCGAUCUUCCCCCAGGGAGCAUCUCCUCUCCCUGGGAGCUGCAGCUUACCAGGCUGAGGGCUUUGCUACCAUGUUUCAAAAAAGGCUUUUCCAUUCAGUAAUUAAUCAGGAGCUUAACCGCUGUGCUCCAUGCCACUGAGAAAAUGCAGCCUCCAGCUUCAUGCUGGGCUUUGCUGCGUUCCUGUGCAAUAGCAGCCACUCUGCAUGGCUGGGUCGGCAUCCCGGAGAUGUAAUUCACAGGGACAGCACUGAAGCUGCUGUAUUUCAUGCCAUGGAGGGAGAAAAAAAUAAGCAGUGGCAAGGACUUGUGCUGGGGGAGGGAAGCAGUUUCUGUGCGUUCAGUUGAGGAUUUAGUGGAUGUGUUGUAGUAAAAGCAGAUAGGGAUAUUAUCUGUGCCAAGAUUAUCCUGCUCUGUGUUCUUCCCUUCUGGGAUGAGCCCUUGCUCCAUUGGAAAGAAGAGGGCAGGAGACAUGAGGGUGAUGUGGCACAGUUCCUUUCCACGCUCUGUCGGUGAGCAGUGCUGAGCUGGUGUCAUCCCCACACUGUUUCCUAUGAAAACAAGCCCACGGCUCACGGGGGCUGCAGGCAACUAUGAAUCAUGGUCACAACCAGAGGCAACCCACGAGCAACCCAGGGCUGGUUGGUGACCAAAGUGCUUUGGUGUGCACCAGGUACCACUGCCACUGGUGGCGCUCACACACCCUCGGGGCACGCAGGGGUUGCUGGAGUGUGGGGCCACUGUCACUGGGGCAGGAUGUGGUGCCCAACCCAGAGCUCGGGCUGAAAACACGAUGAGGCACCUCAGUAGAGAGACGAGCAGAUCAUUGCACAGGGGUUGACGUGAGAUUACCAGGGCAAUCCCAGCACUGUCCCCUGCUCAUGCAGCUCUGUAACCAGAGGGGUCACAGCUCCUCCAGGCUCUUCCCACACAUCUCUGCUCUCCUUCCAGGCUUAGGCUGUGGGACGAUGGAGACAGUGCUUGGCACCCUGGGGAAGGCAACAGUCCUGGGGAUCUCCCCUUACUUCCAGAAUCUUACCCAGCACUUUGGAACAGUCACAUGGAAGAGGAGUGUGGAAAACCCACUAAGCAAGGAAUACUUGUGCACAUACUACAAAGGUAACUACACCAAGGACAAGCUGGGACAGAUUCUCUUCCCCAACUUCUCACUGGAGAUCCUCAGCACCCAAUGGCUUGACCAGCAGCUCUGUGAAUACUCUGUCACCAUGGAAGCGGGGGAGAAAAACCAGCAGAUCCGACUGGUGGCGUAUGAACCCGUGUCUGAUCCCAGCAUCCACAUCCUCGACUGGAUGCUGGCCAAUGACAGCAGCACGGUCACCCUCAACUGCACAGCAGCACAAGGGGACAACGUGUCCUGCAGCUGGGCCAGCUCUGAGGCCAGCACCUCGUCGCUCUACACCCACAACGGCAGCCUCCUGUUGCUCUCCUCCGACCCCACCAACAGCACCCUGCCUCGUGCCUGCACUGCCAGCAACCCUGUCAGCCGCCUCACCACCGCCCUCCACUCCUCCAUCUGCAGAUUCAAGGAGCAAGGCAGCUGGAGGAGAGGGAUGCUGCUGCUGCUGGGGGUGGUGCUGCCCAUGAUGAUUCUGAUGGUGCUUGCCGGGGCCUUCACUGUGGCCUAUGUGGCUGCAAACAUGAGACAACCAAGGGAGCAGUUGCCUCUGGCUGAGGACAGCACAGUGCACAUCAUCUACUCUGAGGUGCAGUGGGUGGAGAAGCUCAAGUCCCCCUGCAGCCCCCUGGGCACUGAUCACCCCACCUGCACCACCACUUAUGCUGCAGCCACUGGCACAUCCCUGGCUCCCCACAGCUCUCAGGGGACUUUGCCCAUCCCUGUGGAAAUGGGACACGCUGCUCCCGGCCCCAAAGCAUCGCGGUGAUGAUCGCUGGAGCAACGUGUAUGGCCGAAGGAAGGAAAGAAAGCACAGAGUGCGGCGCCGGGACAGGACGAGACAACAGCAGCGCUCGGAGGGACGAACUCGCCAGGGGGAGCCCAUAGGGGACAACGUGGACUGCCGAACUACAGAAGAAAAAGAAAACCAACGAAUCAGAAGGUGCCCCGUAGGAGGUUUCGAGGUGUCACAGCGAGGAGCCCCCGCGGCUCUCCCAGCUCUCCCGUGGCCGUGGGAAGCGCCGCAUCGCUUCUCCAUCCCCUGGGCCGGGUGUCCGGCUGAGUUUAGGGGUAUGGGCAGCUCCGUGUGCCCACCAUGUACAGCACCAGGACAAGGGGUGGUUCAGGGCUGUCGGCUCUUUCCAACUGUGCCGCUGCUGGGCUCAGGCAGCGCGGCCGAUCUCACCUGCUAGAGAAAAUAAAGCUAUGGGGAAAUCUUUCA